CUUCCGGAUCAUGCCGAUGCGGUUCCGCGGUCAUCUGGGCUGUGGUCCGCGCGGGUGCCAUUGCCAAGCCUGCCUCCCCAGCAGUGCUCACCCAGCUACUCUCACAAACGCUAACGACCAACCUCACGCUAUGAUCAUGAACAAGCUCACGUCUGUCUUUUUCUUCUCCUUGCUCUCGCUGUUCGCGCUCGUCGGCGCGUUCCCUGUCCGCCGCGACGUAUGGGACCCUCAGAUCCUCAGCCCGAACUCAAGUACGGUCUGGGUGGUCGGUCAAACAUACAAUGUGACAUGGAACACGACUGACGCUCCGGAGCACAUCACGAACUCGAUUGGCCGAGUAGUAUUGGCCACCAAUGGCACCGAGGACUAUGAACAUCCGCUCGCCUCCAACUUCUCUAUCCUACUUGGCAGCAUCCCCAUCACCGUCCCGGAUCUCGAGCCUGGCUCUGACUACGCCAUAGUCUUGUUUGGUGAUUCCGGCAACUUCAGCCCCACUUUCAGCGUCACGUCUGCGUGAACCAUGUCCGACUCUGCGCCCCUCCAUCUGCCCCUUCCCCAUCGCAAAAUGUCAUGCUGUACAUCUCCUGACGUUUACGGACCCUUCAUGUAGUCGGACUUCGCAUUGGGACUGUUGUUUCACUCGUGCACGAACUUCGGACACUUGCAUUGGACUUUCACUGUACAUUAGUCUGUCUAGUCUAGUCUAAUAGUCUAGCAAUAGUUGGUCUGGUGUUGCAAUCAUAGGCGAGGUAGCAGUUGUGUUCUA